UAUCUGUUGUCCAUCCGUCAACCGCUUCUCGGUGAAGUGAAGCGUCAGCCGUCAAGGUUUGAAACCGGCUAUUUGUAAAAAUUCUCUCCCUAAAGAUUAUUUUCAUAUUGAGAUGGCAGAUAAAAAAAAGGAUGGAACUGAGCCUGAAGGGGAAGAAGAAUUUUCUGUAGAAAAAGUAUUAGAUAGACGUGUUAAAAAUGGCAAGGUGGAAUAUUUUCUGAAAUGGAAAGGAUAUAGUGAUGAAGAUAAUACUUGGGAACCAGAAGAGAAUCUUGAUUGCCCAGACCUUAUACAAGCUUUUGAAGAGGCAAGAAAAAAAAAGGAAGCUGAGGGCAAGAGUGCACUAAAGAUUGACAAAGACACAAAGAAAAGAAAAUCUGCAGCAACACCAGACUUGAAAGGUGCUAAAAAAAGUAAAAGUGAUGAUAAAAAGGCUUCCGGUUUUGAUAGAGGCUUGGAACCUGAAAAAAUUAUUGGUGCUACUGACAGCAGUGGCGAGCUCAUGUUCCUCAUGAAAUGGCAAGGUACAGAUGAAGCAGAUUUAGUUCCCGCAAAACAAGCAAAUGUUCGGUGCCCACAAGUGGUCAUACAGUUCUAUGAAGAGAGGUUGACUUGGCACACACCCGCACCAGAUGAAUGCAAUAAUGAUGAAUAAAUUUCAUUCCUCUCCAAUUUAUGAUGUAAGUGAUUUUCUUUAAGAGACUUGUUUUUAAAGUUAAUUUGGUACUAAAUGUUAAGGUAAAUUGACAUCCCAGUAAUUUGGUACAUUAAAUAGUAUGUAAUUGUCCGUUAUUGUGUAUUAGAAAAGAAUAGAAAUACAACUGUGUUUAAGCAUAAAGAGUAGUAAAACUUAACUUUAAGGAAAAAUUGUGUUAUAAAUAAAAUGAGAAGGAUUAGAACCCAAAUGUUCAAGGAGUACCAGUUUUAAUUUUCUCUUAAGUGUUAUAUUAAUGUGAUUUGAUCUAUAUAGUAAUAACUGUAAUGCAUAAAUAAAAGCAGUUCAAAAUGUAUAAAUUGGUUGUUCUUAAAAAUAAUAUUAAUUUAAAAGGUACUUUGAGACAUUUGGAUUGGAAUCCAAAAAUAUUACCUUCUUACAUUCAAUUGUUUAAGAAGUAAUGAAUUUUAAAAUUGACAAAUGGUCGGUUUUUGUUUAAGUGAGCAUAAAUUAAGUUUACUUAAGUUUUGUGUAAUUUGAUAUAUAUGGACUAUAUAUAAAUAAAUAGCUAUAUGUUCUUAUAAAUAGGACUAGGAUUAACACUAAGUUAAAUAAAGCAUCUUGGUUAA